AGAAGUGGCAUGCCUUUGCAGUAGAAUUAAUUUACCUGCCAGUACGAGGCACAAUGGAAGGAUGACCUUUCAAUGUUCACAAAUAUUGAAGCCGCCCGAGUAAUAUCAUCGGCGUUUAAAUCGUCGAUGGAGAUUCCAUUGUUUCAGUGGAGUCAGAUAUCAAAGCAUCCUGAAUGAAUGCUUCAAAUCAAUGCAUGGUUUAACAGGUUUGAGUACAAAUUCUGCUGGGACAGUGAGUAUAACACUGUUGUGAGAAGGGUGUGGGAAAAUCACGCGGCAACUAGGUUGCGUGAUUUUUGGUAUGAAGCACAAAGAAAGGCAAAAAAAGCCGCGAGGGAUAGGGGUUUACAAGGCUGGAACGAUGUUGCGGUUUGGAGGGAUUUCAAACCGAUAUACAUCCCGGAAGAUAUAUGGCCACACUAUAUUGAGCACGUGACGUCUGAGCGGUUCCCACGCCGCUCACGGUCCGGUGCUGGCAACCGGUAUCGGCCAAUUCAUGGCGGGGUGACAACGCACACUGGCGGCUCCAUUCCAUUUGCUGCACAUGCGAAAUGGAUAGCUGCGUCUCUUGGACAUGAGUCGAGCCCGAUGGAGUUGUUUGUGGAGACGCACGUGCAGAGUCAAAAUAGCCAGAAGGGGGUGCAACAAUUCGUUGAUAAUCGUGCUCAACAUUUUGUGGUAUAUUUGUGGAUGGAGGCUGGCUCCUCAAGUGGACCCAAUAAAAAUCGGGUUUACGGGCUCUCCAAUGCUACGGCAGACAACUUGCAGUCAACCCGUAGUGUUUCAACCGUUGGGAGCUCCCAAUCAAUAUCGAACUCCAAAUCUAAGGAAUUCGAGGCCUUGCAACAACACACGGCUCAACUCACCGAGAAAUACAACCACCUAUUAGAGGAGUACGUGCACCUCAAAGCGUCUCAAGAGCAACAAAAAGCGGAGUAUGUUAGACAAAAAGUGGAGUAUGAGCAAUAA